UGUAUGUGUAUGAGUGAAGGAGAGAAAAACAGAAAGAGGGAUGGGGAGAUAGUGAGGGAGGGAAAGAGAGAGAGACAGAGAGAGAGGAGAGAGAGAGAGACAGGAGGAGUACAGAAGAAGAGAGAGAGAGAGAGAGAGAGAGAGAGAGAGAGAGAGAGAGAGAGAGAGAGAGAGAGAGAGAGAGAGAGAGAGAUCAACAGCAUCACCAUAGCGAGGGAGCUGCUGGUGGCAGGCGUGGGGGCUGGAGGCUAGAGUGAAGGACAGAGCAGAGGAGAGGAGAGGAGAAGAGAGCCGAGGAGAAGAGAGGAGCUCAGAAGAGAAGAGAGGAGAGGAGUCUGGUCUGGGGUGGCAGCAGAGGAAGAAGCAGCCGAGGCGGCGGAGUGCUCUCCCUGGCAGCAGACACCCAGCACAGCACAGCACAGCACAGCACAGCACAGCACAGCACAGCACAGCACAGCACAGCAGAUCCACAACACAACAAGACAAGACAGCAGCCAUGCGACCCAGAUCUCGGCUUCUGGCGAAGAGGGGCUUGCCCACCAUCAGAGAGGGCUAUGAGGAGAUGGUGCAGGACAUGAACCAGGCCAACAGCCAGCACCACACCCUGCCGCCCUGCGCCCAGCCCCAGUCCCUGUCCACCCAGGACUACCUGCUGUCCAUCUGCCAGCUGGCCCGGCCCACCUUCCCCUUGCGGGAGCCCGACUGGGACAUCCUGUCCAUGGCGCCCAUGGAGAUGUCCAAGCCGUGCCCCAGGUUCCACAGGCACAGAGCGCCGGUGCGACCCGCCUCCCCCAUCUCUGCGACCCGCACUCGGAAGGAGGUCAAAGAAGAACCGAUGGAGAUCCACUCGCAGAGGGAGGCGAAGGGUGACGUGCCGCAGCCCAAAGCGGAGGCACUGGAGGCAAGCGGAUGUGGGCCCAUUGAGCCAGUCACUGCCAUCAGCUCCAACCAAAGCUCAGUCGACAUGAGCUCCGACCCCCUGGAGUUCCUCUUCAGCAACAGAGGCUCCGAGUCCCCGCGCAGGCUGGAGGAGAGGGGCAGCCAUCCGGUCUGCAGGCCACGUAGCGGAAGCUUCCCCCGGGCUGCUUCUUCUUCUUCAUCCUCGGCCUCCGCCUUGCCUGACACCCGCCGCAAGAGCAGCUGCCCCGAGCUGCGUCUGCCCACGCCCAUGCCCACCGAAUCUACGCCCGACGACAACAACAACAACAGCUGGUCCGCUCCACCCACCACCACACUGACGCAGCGCUCGCCGCUCACCAAAAAGAAGCACGGCACCGACCACCACCGUGGUGGCACAGCGGCCCCCGUAGGUUCCCUGGGUAAUAAGCCUCACCACAGCUCCACAGCUCCUGGUGCCCCAGACUCCAGGGGGAAAGGUGGCCGCGCGAUGGACAAGAACAACAUGGUGUCUCAUUGGAUCGCCGAGUGCAGGAGCGCGUGGAGGGAGGCCAUGAUCCACGCCUGCAUGCUGCCCGCCCUCGCCGAGAAGUGACGUCAGCACGGAACACAGAGGUGUCAAUCCAGCCUCUGAAAAUUCAGAAAUAAACCCUGCCACGUUUUCCAUCUAACACACCAGUCACUGCUGAAUAGCUGAUCAACAUGUCAACCCGGAGUGUUAAAUUACAGUUAGCAUAUUCACCCACAAGUAAUUCCACACUUGGAAUUUUCAACAUUCAGGUUCAUCCUACCCUUUAAGUGGUAAAUUACAGGUUCAUCCUACCCUUUAAGUGGUAAAUUAACACUGGUGGGUUGGAUUAAAUUUGUGGCUGGGAUUUUUGAAUUUCUGAACCCGGGAUUGACUUCUCUGUUGGAGCAUAAGCUCAAUAUGGAGCAUCUCUACAGCUGGGCACCGCCACACCAACACUGUGUACACACUGCAAAAUGUCUAAUGAAGACAAGUAAAGUUGUUUUUACUUUUCUUUGUUACUUCAGGUAUUUAGAUUUCGCCAUCAUUCUGAGACUAGAUGCCAAUGUAACAGUGCCUGUGAAUAUCAUAUUAUAUAGUCUAGAGCUGCCAUGCAUUUUGCAACACUGUUCUUCUUCAAAAACAAUUUGGUAUUGUAUUUAUCGCUUGUUCUAAUUGUCCUAUGUUUUAUAUUGUUGGGAAUGAAAUAUAGCUUACAUGAUAUUUAAGAGUACUGAGGAUAAUUUCAGCUUGUCUCAGGUGAAUACAGUGUCUAGGCUGUGUUUUUGAAAGAUGCCUUUGCCAUGUAUUCCACAUUCUGCGUUCUCAGAUA